AUGAAGGAACGCGCCAUUCUGAUAGUAAUUCUAUCUGCGCUUGGCAUGAUUGCUAAUGCGCUCUCUGAUCCAGAGGGUAUGAUCUCUCAUACCAAAAGACAGGCGCCCAACAGACUAGUUUUUGCGCAUUUCAUGAUUGGCAUUGUCAGUAACAGAAUUCGUGCUGCUGACUAUGACGACGAUAUGAGACGUGCUAAGUCGCUUGGGAUCGACGCCUUUGCAUUGAAUAUCGGCGUGGACUCGUACACCGACCAACAAUUGCAGUUGGCGUACGACUCUGCCGCAAACAACGGAAUGAAAGUGUUCAUUUCAUUCGACUUUAACUGGUGGAACACUGGUCAAGCCAGUGCAAUUGGCCAGAAAAUUGCACAAUAUGCCAGCAAGCCUGCCCAACUCCUCGUCGACAACAAAAUUUUUGUCUCGUCUUUCGCGGGAGACGGUCUUAAUGUCGCCGCCAUGCGGGCCGCGGUAGGAAGGCCAAUUUUCUUUGCGCCCAACUUCCACCCGUCUUAUAGCACGGAUCUUUCCCCAGUCGAUGGGCUCCUGAACUGGAUGGCCUGGCCCAACAAUGCCAAUAACAAAGCUCCUACCCCGGGCCACAAUGUUUCCGUAGUAGAGGGAGACCAGGAGUAUGUCCGCGCUCUUGGAGGAAAGGCCUAUAUUGCGCCCGUCUCUCCUUGGUUCUUUACCCACUUUGGAUCAGAAGUGUCGUACAGCAAGAAUUGGGUAUUCCCAUCGGAUCUCUUAUGGUACGACCGCUGGAAAGAGGUUCUUGGGCUGAAGCCUCGCUUCAUUGAAAUCGUCACAUGGAACGACUACGGCGAGUCUCACUAUAUUGGCCCACUGAAUUCUCCUCACACUGACGAUGGCGCCUCGAAAUGGGUGAAUGAUAUGCCUCACAAUGGCUGGCUGGACAUCUCCAAACCGUUCAUAUCUGCAUUCAAAGCCGGGGCCACGUCGCCGAAUGAUUAUAUCACCUCGGAUCAAUUGAUCUACUGGUAUCGCCCUGCGCCUCGGAACACCAACUGUGACGCCACGGACACCUGCAUGGUCCAAGCGAACAACGGCAGUGGAAACUACUUCAUUGGUCGCCCCGAUGGCUGGCAGUCAAUGAAAGACUCUAUUUUUUUGGUCUCAUUGCUGACCUCCCCAGCAACAGUCCAAGUGAACACAGGAGGUAGUGCCUACGCCUAUGAAGCGCCGGUGGGGGCGAGCUCUCGCGAAGUACCAAUGAAGGUUGGAACACAGAGCUUUUCCGUCUACCACUUCGACGAGCACCACAACCCUUACACCCCCGACCAGCCCACCUACUACCACCCAAUGUACGACGUCGGUGUCAACUACCACUUUUACAUUGACAUCCACAGUGACAGAGACAUCUUCUUCCACCACCUGUACACCUAG